AUGGCAGAGCAGCCCUGCCCAGCGCCUGCCGCCAGCCCUCCCCAGCAGGGCACGGCCCCCCGCCCGGGUCCCACAGCCGGCCUCGCACCCCCGGGGUCCCAAAGCCACCCCAGGGACAAAUGGAGCAAAAAAAUGGAUUUCCUCCUCUCGGUCAUCGGAUUCGCUGUCGAUCUGGGCAACAUCUGGCGAUUCCCUUACAUCUGCUACCAAAACGGAGGGGGAGCCUUUCUCAUCCCGUACACACUGAUGGCUGUUUUCGGAGGGGUGCCCCUCUUCUACAUGGAGCUGGCCCUGGGGCAGUUCCACAGGACGGGCGCCAUCCCCAUCUGGAAGCGCAUCUGCCCCAUCUUUAAAGGCAUCGGCUUUGCCAUUUGCAUCAUUGGCCUGUACGUCUCCUUCUACUACAACACCAUCAUCACCUGGGCUCUCUACUACUUCUACUCGUCCUUCUCGGGCACCCUGCCCUGGGCGAGCUGCGACAACCCCUGGAACACGCCCGACUGCACCAACUACUUCGGGAAGAGCAACGUGACCUGGACCAACUUCUCCAGGUCCCCCGCCGAAGAGUUUUAUACGAGGAAGGUCCUGGAGAUCCAGAAGUCCGGGGGUCUCUACGACAUGGGGGGAAUCCACUGGCAGCUGCUCCUCUGCCUUUUCCUCAUCUUCACCAUCGUCUACUUCAGCCUGUGGAAAGGGGUGAAAACCUCCGGGAAGGUGGUGUGGGUGACAGCCACGCUGCCCUAUGUCGUCCUCCUCAUCCUGCUGGUCCGAGGGGCUACCCUGCCUGGCGCCUGGAGAGGGGUCAUCUUCUACCUGCGCCCAGACUGGGGCAAGCUCCUGAGCACCACAGUUUGGGUUGAUGCUGCUGCGCAGAUUUUCUUCUCCUUGGGCCCUGGAUUCGGUGUCCUUCUUGCUCUCGCCAGUUACAACCAUUUCCACAACAACUGCUACCGGGACGCGCUCAUCACCAGCAUGGUGAACUGCCUCACCAGCUUCCUCUCGGGCUUCAUCAUCUUCACCGUGCUCGGCUACAUGGCUGAGAUGAGGGACGUGGAGGUGGAGGAUGUUGCGAGAGAUAAAGGGCCAAGCCUCCUUUUUAUCACCUACCCUGAAGCAAUCGCCAACAUGGUGGGAUCCACCUUCUUUGCCAUCAUAUUCUUCCUGAUGAUGAUAACGCUGGGGCUGGACAGCACGUUUGGGGGCUUGGAGGCCGUGAUCACGGCUGUGAUGGACGAGUACCCCCAGGUCCUGGCCGGGCGACGGGAGCUCUUCGUCCUCGGCCUCAUCACAGUCUGUUUCCUGGGCUCCCUGAGCACUCUCACCUACGGGGGAGCCUACGUGGUGAAACUGCUGGAGGAAUUUGGUGCCGGCUGCUCAAUCCUGGCGGUGGUGUUACUGGAAACAAUAGCUGUCUCCGCUGUCUCCUGGUUUUACGGGAUACAGAGGUUCUCCCACGAUGUGAAAGCCAUGCUGGGCUUCACCCCAGGCAUGUUCUGGAAGGUGUGCUGGGUCGCCAUCAGCCCUGCCUUGUUAGCAUUCAUAGUCGUCAGCUCCCUCCUGGACCAGCCGCCUCUGACACUCUUUGACUAUCAGUACCCGGAGUGGAGCAUCUCAGUGGGGUACCUCAUAGGAGCAUCGUCCUUCAUCUGCAUCCCCUUCUACAUGGUGUACAAGCUCGUCUGGACGCCAGGGUCUCUCAAGCAGCGCCUCGCCAUCUGCAUUCGGCCGGAGAAAACAACGCGAGACCCCCAAGCAGAGGCGGCAGGAAAACCUCUGAUCCACAGCAGGGAGAACGGGACCCGCCGCAGGAAGCCAAGGGCCAAACUCCUCCGGUUUGGAGGUGAAGCCCGACUCCCUGUGAAGACGGAGGCGCAGCUGCGAGUGCCGCAGCAGAGGGAUUGCUGUCCGACGGUACAAGCCGUGAACACAUCUUGCGUAGAGACGCUCGCGACCUUGCUGCGCAAACCUGCUUGGUUGCUGCUGGGCAGCAUCCUCAGCGCCCUGCUGCUCACCAUCAUCCUCAUGGCCGUCUGCGUCUACAAGCCCGUCCGACGGCGGUAG